UUUUAAUUUUCACCAAAUAGUAAUAUAUAUAAUAUCUUGUAGUAUAUUAAAAAGAGGAGAAAAUAUAGAAAAUUGCGUUGCUUGACCGAAAAGAAAGACACACAGUAAAAUAAUCAUUGAUCACUGUGAAUCUCUUAUUUUCCACUAAAGAUUAGUUCUCGAUCACACGUAACAUGGGUGGAGGCUUCAUGUUCACCGGCAAACCCAUCUCCUCCGCCACAAGGCCGCCGUUCAUUGGCGCCGCCAGAAACUUACACACCGCUGUCUCACCGGCGGCUGCUGACGGCGGAACUCAACAAAUCUCCCAAAAUAACGGCGAUUGCAGAUUUGGGUCGGCUCCAACUCGAGCUGAAGUUGAUAGGGCCAUUAUUGAUCUCCAUAGGCUCAUGCAAGGCCUUCAAACUUCUGGACCUGAUCCCAAUGGGCUUCACAGCCUCAGCCCAACCAAUGGUAAUGAGGCCCAUAUGCUGCAAGCUCCUGGAUUUGCCAAAUUUCAUGAUGUUUACUCUAUGAUGCAAAAAGAACCAUCUUUUCAGUCCAUGGUGGUGUCCAUUUCAUGUGAUAAAGGUGUUUGGGAAGCCAUCUUGGGCAAUAAAGCAGUUCAGGAUCUCAAAGGCUCUAUACCAAUAGCAGAUAAUGAGGAGAAGCGACCGAGCUGCAUUGUCGAGGAACAGGACAUUGCAAUGCUCGUCUUGAAAUGGAUUAUGGGCUUCACAAAGUCGAGGAUUUUGGAGCUUGUCGAGAAAUUUGGAUUGCUCGUGACCGAUAUCUUCAAACCGGCCCCAAAGGAGAAACCUACUUCCGAACUAACCGAUCUUUUGGAAGAGAAAGUUCGGUCGUCAUUGCUACUCUCUGUGGUUAUCCUUUUAAUCGUUGUCGUAACCCGGAACCAGGGCUAGGCUAGAUCGACUUUUUCGAAACAUUUAUUUUGUUGUCGGCUAAUGUUCGAAUUAUGUUCAAUUAUGGUUUCGAGGUUAUAUAGUUGUGUUUGCUUCAGUUAAGUUGACAUGAA